UUUACGUGACGUGGUACGUUGAACGAUACGUUUACUGGUUGUUGCCGGUUGUGUUCAAGCAGAGUAAAGUUGAAAUUGUUUUGUUUAACUUGGUUAUCGUAAUUUUUGUAGAAAACAGUUGUGACAAUGUUGCAAUCUAUAUUCGACGAUGUACGGCGAAUGAAUAAACGGCAGUUCCUGUAUCAGAUGUUAAGUUUUGGUAUGAUCGUUACAUCUGCUCUGAUGAUAUGGAAAGGCUUGAUGGUUGUAACAGGUAGUGAAAGUCCAAUCGUGGUCGUUCUCAGUGGUAGUAUGGAACCAGCUUUCCAUAGGGGAGAUUUAUUAUUUUUAACCAAUUAUCAAGAUGAACCAGUCAGGGUAGGAGAAAUUGUUGUUUUUAAAGUUGAGGGUAGAGAUAUUCCAAUUGUACACAGAGUACUUAAACUACAUGAGAAGGGUGAUCAAAAUAAUACUGUUAAAUUUCUAACAAAGGGCGAUAAUAAUUCUGUUGAUGAUAGAGGUUUAUAUGCAGCUGGUCAAUUAUGGCUGACACAUAAAGACGUUGUUGGCAGAGCAAGGGGUUUUUUGCCAUAUGUAGGAAUGGUUACAAUAUGUAUGAAUGAAUAUCCCAAAUUUAAAUAUGCAGUAUUAUCAGUUUUGGGAUUAUAUGUUUUGGUACACAGAGAAUAAAGGUAUUUCAUGUGGAAAGUUAUAUGAAAUAGACUACCUGAACAUUUACAAAAAAAGUGCAUUGUAAAUUAAAAUCCUAAUUCAUAACUCAAAUACACAUGUGAAGCUAUGUACAAUGUGA